GCCCUGACAAGUCAUUAGAAAAAACGUCUGUUCUUUUUGGAGAAAAUUUUUUCUUCUAUUCUCUUUACCUUUUUUUUUUCUUCUUCUUCUUCAUCUUCUUACCUUUCUGAUUAUUGUUUCAAAUUCAUUUUGAUUUGGUGAUCAUCAUGGUGACAAUUUACUCUCAUCUAUCAACAAUCAACUGUUAAUUGAGUGACACAAACAAGUUGAGAAAAUUAUAUAAGAGAGAACUUUAGUUUUCUCCUAUUCUUUUUUCGCCAUCAUUGUUUUCUCUUUUCUUCUAUUUCUUUGUGAUUAAGUUUUUGUUUCUCUUCUUCAUCAUCAUGUUCUUAUCCAUCAACAGGUAACAACAAAAACAACAACAAAAUCAAAGAAACUUGAAGCCGGUCAAUUAAUUAUUCAACCAUUUUCUUUUGGAUUACCUGUUCUUCAUCUAAUUUAGUGUAUUCAUGUGUGAUGGUUAAUUUAAUCUCUAAUCUAUCCUGUUCUUAUCGGAUCAAUAUCACCAUCAUGUUAUGAAUAAUGUUAAUCUUAUUAAUCUAUCCCGAUGUCAUUUGAUUUCCAUCACAUUUCACAAACACCGUUUACAUAUUCAUCUUAAUCUCUCUCUCUCUCUUUCUCUCUCUUUUAAGAUUUAAAUUCUCCCUGUGUCUUAAUUUGAUUCAUUUUCUACUGUUGUUAACUUAAUUCCAAUUGCUAAUUCCAAUCCCACCCUCUAUCUAUCAAAUGGAAAGAACUAAAAGAAUCGCUGCUUUCAUAACCUUUUUCAUAUGUAUCAUCGCUCUUGCCCUUUUAACUGGUUCACUCACUACCAACAAAUGGAUUACCUCUAAACCAGAAAGGAUUAGAUUAAAUAAUGUUCCUGAUCACAUUCGUAAUCAAAGUGUUCAAAGUGACGAGAGAAAGUUCAAAGGUGAUAUUCAUUUUGGACUUUUCCAUGGAACCAAAAUUCUAAAUUAUGGUUUCGGUGAUAGAACCAAUUCCAUUUGGAUUAAAGAAGAGCUGAUGAAAAAUCCGAGCUUAAUGCCCUUCGGCUUAUGGUUGUUUACUAUUCUCUCCGUAGCCAUCGCCAUGUUAUUUGGACUGGUCAGUUUAAUCUUCUCGAUAAUUAAUACAGUUAUCACACCUAUUGAAGUGAUAACUGGACUUCGAGGGCUACUCCUUUGGAAUGGAUUUGGUGUCCUUUUCUCGGGUGCCGCUUGUUUAAGUUGGUUCAUACAAUUUAGAAACAAAUUAAGUCGUAACGUCCUGACACAAGAGGAAAUUAACGAUGGCUGGAGUUCAGAGAAUCGCUCGAAAUUGGGUUACUCGUAUUAUCUGGUUCUCGUUUCAAUGGGACUGUUUUUCCUCAACAAAUUCAUCAUCUUACUCGCUGUUAAAAGGCCACGUUUCCGUGGUAAAAGCCGACUCUCGACCGACAAAAAUCCCGAAGGAGUUAUUAUGCUUUACUAAUCAACAAUCAAUGUGACAAUCAAACCUCAUCAAAGGAAAUCAACUGAAGACAUUUUCUCCAUCACUGAUCAUCUUCACACUUGAACAAUUAACUCUGAUUGUUAUAUAUAAAUAUAUCAUUAAUCAAUCUCAUCUUUUUAAUUAUCUUUUCCAUAACUAUUUCCUUAAUCAUGUAAUUUUGUAUCAUAUUAUUAGAUUAAUCAAAGUAAUCUGAUUAAUGUUUUAUAUAUUAUCAUAAGUUGAAGGAAAUGAAUCUCAUUGGAAAGUAAAAACGUUAAUCAUCACAAUUAAUUAACAAGGAUUGUGACAAUUACCAUCACCUCAUCAACAAUCAAAGCUGUCAAAGACACUUGAUUGUCUUGACAAAAUUUUGUACAAGUUUGCAAACUUUUAAAUCUACAAUCAGAUCAACUGGAAUGAUUAAGAAAAAAAAUUUAUCAUCAACUGUUUCUGUUAAUUUUUACAAUUAACUAAUCAUUAAUCAGCACCUAAUAAGUUGCCAAAUUUUUUUAAAACUCUCACAAUCAAUUUAUUGUUUCUCACCACAACAAUUAAAAAAAUUAAAUUGUCAAUAAGACUCAAUAUCUUAAUGAACUAUCUCAAAAAAGUAAAUUAAACAAAUUUAAUCAGUUAA